GUAGCCGCCCUUCGGAGGCUGCAGAGAACAGCUCAAGGAACGGGCGCAAUUAGCCAAACGGCUGGCGUCUCCGCUGCCACGGUAUGGUCAAGAAGCUCGCUGGGAACCGGUGAGGGCAGCUUCCUCAGCUCCGUGCUGACGUUGCCUCUUCGCCGGAGGUUUCUCCAGACUGUUCUCUGGCCUUUGCUGAAUCGGACGGCAUGUCCCCCUUCAACCACGCCGGGGCCGCGGCUCACGGUGCACCUCAGGGGUGGUGACACCAUCCCGGCCCUUUCGCCG